GAGUUCAUUGAUGUCGGCAAGAAGCAGCCAGCCUUGGAUGCCCUCUAUGAUGUCAUCAAGAGUAAGCGACAUCGAACAUGGCAGAAGAUACACGAACCAAUCAUGGAGAAGUAUCUGGAGCUCUGCGUUGACCUACGUAAGAGCCACAUUGCCAAAGAGGGCCUCUACCAGUACAAGAUCAUUUGUCAACAGGUGAAUGUCAAGUCUUUGGAAGAUGUCGUGAGGAAAUACUUGAAGCUUGCUGAAGUCAAGACGGAGGAGGCUAGGAAGGCUUCUGAGGCUGUUGUUGGGGUCGAUGUUGACGAUCUUGAUAAUCUUACCACCCCAGAAAGUCUUCUCCUAAGUGCUGUAAGUGGAGAGGAUGCCCAGGCCAGGAGUGACCGUGUGGUGUUGAUACCAUGGGUCAAGUUUCUCUGGGAGUCUUACAGACAGUGCUUGGACCUGCUGAGGAACAACAACAGACUGGAGAAGCUCUACCAGGACGUGGCCCAGGAUGCUUUCAGGUUUUGUCAGAAGUAUCAGCGGAAGACUGAGUUCCGCAAGUUAUGUGAUAAUUUGCGUAAUCAUCUGAACUUGAUAGAGAAGCAUCAAAACCAGGCCACAUCUAUCAACCUGAACAACGCGGAGAGUCAACAGCUUCACCUGGACACUCGUCUCUUCCAACUUGAUACAGCAAUCAGUAUGGAGCUUUGGCAAGAAGCGUACAAAGCUGUGGAGGACAUCCACAACCUGAUGGGACGUUCCAAGAAGUCUCCAAAGCCCCAGAUGAUGGCUAACUACUACCACAAGCUUGGUCUGGUCUUCUGGAAGUCUGGUAAUGGUCUGUUCCAUGCAUGUGCCCUGCAUCGUCUUCUUCAGCUCUCUAGGGAACACAGGAAGAAUCUCACCACUGAGGAAGUCCAGAAAAUGGCUUCCCGAGUGUUGCUUGCCACCCUAUCUGUCCCUAUCUCUCCUCCCCGCAAUGAUAUUGGAGACAUGCUAGACAUGGGUAACACUGCUGCAGAGAACCAACGGAAGCUUGCUAAUCUUCUUGGUCUCCAGUCCACCCCAACCCGUCGUCAACUCAUCAAAGAACUGGUGAAGUACAAUGUGGUGCCCCACGUGAUUCCUCAGCUGCACGACCUAUUUAAGUGGCUCGAGGUAGAGUUCCACCCCCUGCACUUGUCUGAUAGAGUGUCUGGUAUCCUGGACUACCUGAGGGAUAGCAAGGAGGCUGAUAUGGCUCAGUAUGUACCUGCUCUCCAGGACAAUGCCAUCAUGAGACUCCUAAAGCAGGUGUCUGAGGUGUAUGAAACUAUUAAGAUGUCACGUAUCUACUCCUUGGUUCAGUUCUCAUCUCAGUUUCAUCUGGAAAGGAUGGUGGUUGAUGCUGCAAGGAACGGAGUUGUCCAGGUUCGUAUGGACCAUGCUCGCCAGUGCCUAGUCUUUGGUUCAGACCUGUCCUCUUCUCAGUAUGAGCUCCAGGAACCAGAAGGACCUCACAUCCAGGACAUGCCUUCACAGCAGAUCCGUCAUCAGCUCACCCAGAUGUCCAGCGCCCUCGUGAAGGCCAUGCGCCUCAUUGAUCAUGAGAAGAUUGAGGAAGAUCAGGUGAACCGUAAGCACCAGGUCAUCCAUAACUAUCAGCGUACUGCUCGUAAGGACCAUGAUGCCAUCUUGGUUAGGAGACAGAUCAUUGAGGAUAGGAAGGAAAGAUUGGAGAAUCUUACCGUCCAGAGGGAACGUGCAGAGCAGGACAUGAUUGAGGAGCAACAGAGAGCCCAACGCAACGCUGAACAGCAGCGUCUUGAGCGGGAGGCCACCGAGAGGGCUCGUCGUAAGCAGCAGGAAGACAUGGAAGAGAUACGCAGGAAGCAUGCCAAGGAACGCAUCAAUGCCAUCAAGUCAUCAAACAUUGCAUCAAGGGUCUUCUCUAUGUAUGAAGAAGAGGAGUUGGAGAAGCUUGAUGCUGAUCAGAUUAUGCAGAAGCAUGUAGAGCAACUAGAAGCUGAGAAGAAAGAACUUCAAACCAAGCUCAAGUCACAGGAGAAGAAGGUGGAUUACUUUGCCCGGGCCAAGCGUAUUGAAGAGAUACCCCUUCUUGAGGAGGUAGCUUCUGAGCUGACUGUGAAAGAUCGUGAGCUCUGGGAUCAACUGGAAGAGGAACGGGUGAAGCAGAUGCAGAAGGAGCGUGAGCAGGCAUUGGUGACCAAGCAACGUUUACUUCGCAUCGAUGAUGACCGUCAAGACUUCCUCAACAUGCUCAGACAGACUCGUCUUAACCUCUAUCAGGAGAAGCUUGCUGGUUUCCAGGAGAAGGUAAAGGAAGAGAAAGCCAAACGUCUCUUGGAGCGUAAGAUCAAACGUAAGGAGGACCGUAGAGCCAAGUGGUUGAAGGAGAAAGCUGAAGAAGAGCAGCAGCGCAAGGAUGAAGAGGCAAAGAGAGUACGUGAGCUUGAGCAGCAGCAAGCUGAAGCUGAAUACCGGGAACAACUUAAGAAACUUCAGGAGCAGGAGGAAAAGAAAGAAGCUAGGAUGAGAGAGAUCGAAGAGAGGCAAAUGAGAGAAAAAGAAAAAGAGAGAGAGGUGCGUCCUGAACCUGAAAGGGGCUGGCGUGAUGAAAGGCCAAAAGAGAUCUGGCGUCCUGUCACUAAGGAAGGAGGUUGGAGGGAUCGUGAGAGGCAACGUGAAGAGAUGCGUCGUAGGGAGAGCUCUAAUCAGGAACCACAAGAAGAAAGGGAGGCUCCGCCUCGGGAGCAUCCUGAUGUGGAACAGCAGGAAACAGCGCCCCCACCACCAGAGAGAGAAGAGAGGAAAGUUGAGAAGAGUCGCUUUGCCAGCCGUGACAUCCGUUACGAGGAAGGUGGAGAGUUUCACCCAGCGACCAAAGAGCGCGAGGAGAGGCUUGCCCGAGAGGCGGCAGAGGAAGCGGCACGUGGGCAAGGUGCAAGGGAUGAGGUAGACAUCCGAAGGUCUACCAGCCGAGACAUCCGUCUUGAUGAACCUGAUGGCUUCCGUGAUAAACAUGAGCCCUCGUAUCAGGAUGACCGUAAUAGAGGUGAACCGAGUGAAGAUAGAGGCCCCUGGAGAAGGUCGGAUGGCCCACCUCGGGAUCUAGGUCGUCCUGGACGAGACUUUGGUCGCCGCGAUGAGGGUCCGAGGUCUUAUAGUCGUGAUGACGGGCCACGAGGAGGCUUCGGAGGAAGAAGAGAUGAUGGUCAACCACCAAGAGAUUUUGGCCGGAGAGAAGAUCGUUGGGGAAGAGAUGGUGGACGUGAUGGAGAUGACAGAAAUAAUUGGAGAGGAGGUGGUGGUCAACCAAGAGGUGGAUAUGACAGACCUCCUAGGGAUGAUGAUGGAGGAGGAGGAGGAGCAUGGAGAAGCAGCCGUGGUGGUGAUCGUGGCGGCUAUGGCGGUGACCGAGGUGGAGAUCGUGGAGGGUAUGAUCGCGGUGGUGAUCGCUAUGGUGGCGACCGAGGCGGUGGCCGCUAUGGUGACCGUGGGGGUGACCGUUAUGGUGAUCGUGGAGGUGACAGGUAUGGCGGAGACCGAGGUGGUGAUCGUGGUGGAUGGCGCAAUGAAGACCGUGGUCCAAGGUCUGAGCCACAAAGGGAUUUCCAACGUCCAAUGAGAAACGAGGAUAGACCACGAGGGGAGGAACAAACCUGGCGAGGCCACGGUGGAGAUAAAGGUGGCGAUAGAGGUGGUAACCAGCCAAGAGCUGAACCUCAAAGAGGAACUGAGGAAGAUGGGUGGACCACUGUCAAGCGUUAGAUUCUGUUAAGAUAUUCCCAAAUUCUGAUUUCAUCAUUUAGUAGGUUUUUGGAUAUGUUGGCAAGGCAAUUUUUUUUUCAAAUUCACUCUUUUCUUGACCUUAUUUGUCUCUUUCUCUAUUCUUUGCAUGGAUGAAGAUAGCUAUAAAGGCCAAUUUUAUUUUGAGAGAGAAAUUUGUGUUACCUGAACAUCAUUCCUUGUAAUGCAAAGUUUGCAUGUAAUUUGCUAUGAUAAGGAAAUGUAUUUGUGUUAAUUCCUUUCAGUUAUGAAAACUGUUUUUUUUUUAUGUUAAGUGAUGUGACUAUUCCCAUUUUCUUUCAUAAUAUCAAGCAAAAGGUAAUUUACUGGUACUGUAGCAAGUGCUGCUAAAAAAUUCUGUAACGAAUAGUUGAAAUUUACUAUCACCUGUUGGAAUUAACAUAAUAGAACUUCUACCACAUACAUGGUAAUGUUGAUGAAUUUUCAAAUUGAUAAACUCUUGGGCUCUCUAUCUAAUGUAUGUCUGUAUAUAGUUAUCAACAGUGCAGAAGGUUCAAAAUUAAUUCCUUUAUAAUGUUUCCUCAUAAUACCAAAGUCAGAAUAUCUCUUUAUCAAAACAAUAGCUGAAUACAACUUUACAAGUUUUGAAUCUUGAUAUAAGUAUGUGUAAGUUUAAGAAUCUCCAAAAUACUUAAUACUCUUUUGCUUUUUUUUUUCUGUCCAUCUGUUAUUAUCAUUAGUACUGCUCUUAUGUUGAGAUUCAGAAUGAUGAUGAAAAUAUGUAGCAUGUAUAUCACAUAUCAUAUGUUCAUUUUGCUGCAUAUGAUUACCAUGGCCUUAUCAUGGUUAUAUCUAAUUAGGUUUUCAAGCAUUCAUCACCCUAAGGAGAUGCCUUUUCGAUUGGCAUGCAUUUAUUGUCAUCUUUUUACUUUUUCCCAUUUCCAUUUAUUAUUGAAGGAAUGAAUAGGAAAUGUAGACUGCAUUCAAAAUUAAAUCAUGAAAAUGAAGAGAAAUAUUACAGAUGAUUAUAAAUAAUCAAUUAUUACCAACAGCAAAAGCUAUCAAGCAUUAUUUUAGCCAUAUUGCAGAAUUAUUGUUGCAUUCUAAUUUCAGAGUUAUUUUACCCAUAUAUCAAUAAACAUUACUGGAUACUAAUUACAAUAUUUCUUUGAAAGAAAAAGAAGAUUAAAUAAAUAAAAGAUUGUAAUCAA